ACAUAUUCAGCAGGGUUAGCUUGUCCUCCCCUCCCUCUUCAGCUUCCCAGACACUGAGUCUGGAAUGAAAAUUCACCUGCCUCUGAGUUGGCUCCUAGUAGGGCCGGGGGUGUUACUAGGGUUCCCAGGUUGGAAGAUUAUCUCACCCGGCCCCAGCUAUAUAAGCUGACCGGUGUGGAGGGGCUGAGCAGGGCCAACUCCAGGGAUUCCUUCCACGACAGAAAAACAUACAAGACUCCUUCAGCCAACAUGAUGGUACUAAAAGUAGAGGAACUGGUCACUGGGAAGAAGAAUGGCAAUGGGGAGGCAGGGGAAUUCCUUCCUGAGGAUUUCAGAGAUGGAGAAUAUGAGGCUGCUGUUACUUUAGAGAAGCAGGAGGAUCUGAAGACACUUCCAGCCCACCCUGUGACCCUGGGGGAGCAACAGUGGAAAAGCGAGAAACAACGAGAGGCAGAGCUCAAAAAGAAAAAACUAGAACAAAGAUCAAAGCUUGAAAAUUUAGAAGACCUUGAAAUAAUCAUUCAACUGAAGAAAAGGAAAAAAUACAGGAAAACUAAAGUUCCCGUUGUAAAGGAACCAGAACCUGAAAUCAUUACGGAACCUGUGGAUGUGCCUAUGUUUCUGAAGGCUGCUCUGGAGAAUAAACUGCCAGUAGUAGAAAAAUUCUUGUCAGACAAGAACAACCCAGAUGUUUGUGAUGAGUAUAAACGGACAGCUCUUCAUAGAGCAUGCUUGGAAGGACAUUUGGCAAUUGUGGAGAAGUUAAUAGAAGCUGGAGCCCAGAUCGAAUUCCGUGAUAUGCUUGAAUCCACGGCCAUUCACUGGGCAAGCCGUGGAGGAAACCUAGAUGUUUUAAAAUUGUUGCUGAACAAAGGAGCAAAAAUUAGCGCCCGAGAUAAGUUGCUCAGCACAGCGCUGCAUGUGGCAGUGAGGACUGGCCACUAUGAGUGCGCGGAGCAUCUUAUUGCCUGUGAGGCAGACCUCAACGCCAAAGACAGAGAAGGAGAUACCCCGUUGCAUGAUGCGGUGAGACUGAACCGCUAUAAGAUGAUCCGACUCCUGAUUAUGUAUGGCGCGGAUCUCAACAUCAAGAACUGUGCUGGGAAGACGCCGAUGGAUCUGGUGCUACACUGGCAGAAUGGAACCAAAGCAAUAUUCGAUAGCCUCAAAGAGAACUCCUACAAGACCUCUCGCAUAGCUACAUUCUGAGGGAAAUGACAGACUCUUUGAUCAGUAAAUGUUCACUGGCAUUUUGAAGGCAUGGCCCAAGAGAAGAGACACUAGCCAUAAAAUCUAGUUUCUAUUUAUCAAUGUGUUGUGAAGAUGUACCUAAUGAAGUUUUGAGAAAGCACAGGGUUAUAUGUGUUUAAAUUUCCUUUAGUGAAACUCUUAUUUAUUUUUAUGUAUUCCUGUUUAUUUAUUUACUACCAUGCUACUGAUAUUCAGACCUUCUUGAUAAUCCAUUUGGUGAGCAGAGCUUCAUUUGUAUAUAACACUUUCAGAGCCCUCCCAUAGGUAGUUCUUAAACCAGUUGAAAGAGCAAAGUUCAAGUGCCUACUUACGUGUCAUUCACUUAUGUAAGAGUUUUUAAGAGAGGGCUGAUUAUUGCAGCCCUCUUUUCUCCUGAAUUUUUAAUGCAGAAAUUUGAAUGAAGCAAGGGAAGGCAUGUAGGGACAGGAAAGGAAACAAUGGAAGGAAAGUGAUUCUGUGAAAAGGACAGUGAAGCCAGCUAUUUUACCCCCAGGCAGGAUUUUUUUUUUUUUUUAACCAAGUACACAGAGUACGCAGGUGAAGAGAACGUCAUGAGUGUAAGUGCAAGGCAGUGGAAGGAGCGGCAAACUGGGACAUGCAAAAUUGAAUUUGCUCAAAAAAGAUGAAAGGAAAUGCAAACUGUAAAUGUGUAAAUGUAUAUUGUAUUGUAUGUACAUUUUAUAUUCAUAAUAAAAGCAAACAAACUCUAAACCUCUAAA